CCUUCUUCUAUCUCUUCUCUCUCUCUCUCAUGCGCAUAUGCCCCUGGGUAUAUGCCCUCUUUCUCUCGCCCGCAUGGGCUAUGGACGCCUGGGAUGCCUCGCGGCGAGCGGCUCUCCGUGAAGAAGUUCGCGAUAUGUUCCAUCAUGCUUUCACAGGGUACAUGACCUUUGCGUACCCCGCCGAUGAGCUGCGCCCGAUCUCUUGUGCGCCCCUCCAUCGCGAUCCCAAUCCCGCCAAUAUAGGGAUUAAUGACAUACACGCCAACAUCUCCAUGACGCUGGUUGAUGCCUUGAGCGCUCUCCCUUUGAUCUUGCCGGACGAGUAUCCUGCCGCUGUGGAGCGUGUUGCGCGCAUCUCCUUUGAUCAGAAUGUCAAAGUCCAGGUCUUCGAGAUGACAAUCCGCGCGCUGGGCGCGUUGUUGUCGACAUACCAGCGGCUUGACGCGCUUCCAGAAGAUCCGCGCGCGCAAGCCGAGGCGUUGGGUAUCGAGGGGACGACAGACAUUAAGAAGUACGCACCGAGGAUGUUGGAGCUUGCGUGGGAUCUCGGGAAACGACUCUUGCCCGCUUUCGACACGCCCACAGGCCUUCCCUACGCUCGCGUCAACCUGCGGCAGGGUGUCGAGUCCCGCGAGAGUGCAGAGACCUGCACUGCUGGUGCAGGGAGCCUGGUGCUCGAAUUCACGCUGCUGUCGCGGCUGACGGGCGACGAGCGCUUUGAGGACUUGGCUCACCGAGCUUUCAUGGCACUCUGGAACCGGCGGACAGCCGAGGACCUCGUCGGCAAUGCCAUCAGCGUCAAUCAUGGCCAGUGGCUGCAGCCGGGCAUGAGUGGGACAAACGCGGGCAUCGACUCGUUCUUCGAGUACGCGCUCAAGGGCGCAAUCAUGCUCGACGAUCCGACGUACAUGGACGUGUUUCACGACGCGUACGCGGCAAUCCAGACCCAUGUGCGAACGAAAGACGGUUUCAUCUACCGUCCCGUUCAGCUCCGCAGUCUCCGACCAGCGUCCACGUCAGUGAUUGAUUCGCUGUCGGCAUUCUUUCCAGGGGUGCAGGUGCUUGCAGGCGAUAUCGAGUCGGCGAUCCGCAAUCACCUUAUCUUCUGGAAUAUCUGGCGACGGUACAGCGGCAUCCCCGAGUCUUGGGCUCAUGACGAGCGCGUUGUUGGCUGGGCGGGGUGGCCAGGGCGACCUGAAUUCAUCGAGUCGACGUACUAUUUGUACACGGUAACGCGUGACGACUUCUACUUACGAGUCGGCGAGCGCGUCUUGCGAGACAUUCGGAGGCGAACAAUCACGCCGUGCGGCUUCGCAACCCUCGCGAACGUCGAGACUGGUGAGACCGAAGAUAGGAUGGAAAGCUUCCUCCUCUCCGAGACGCUCAAGUAUCUGUACCUCCUUUUCGCAGACCUGCCAAGCGCACCUCCGUCCAAUACCGUGUUCACCACCGAAGGACACCAGCUACACCUCCCACGCAACCUCACUCGUUCGCCAACGGCUACACGAAGGGCAUUACACAAACGGGAAGACUUGUACUGUCCUGCAUACGUCCCACAGACGCUCGGCGGGUUACCCGUGGGCAUUGAGGGGCGGGACGACUACGAGUACGCGCGUGCGCUCGUUUAUGGGCCUGGAAAGGAAGGACUGCGUGUCGCAGAAGGACGGACGUACGAUGGUCUUGGAACGUGCACUAUACCUGAGGUGCCAAGAUUCGCCUUCGAGAUUGUGCUCACGCCAUCUAAUGUGGAUCCCGAGGCGCCGCUGCCUGCGCACGACGCUGCGCCAAGCGCGACCAAAGUGUGGCAGAAGAACGACGGUGACUGGGUCAUCGCCGAUAUCGAGGGGCUGCGGCUAGGAUGUCGGUGGCGUUUUGACCGCGGCGGGUACGACGUCACUAACAUUGGCCCGCACCGGGUUCGAUAUGGGCAACACAUCUUUAUUACUGAUCCCAAGAUGGAGGGGUAUCUACCAUCACUGCCGCCAGAGGCACCGAAGGAGGACGCACAGGACGUUGUGCUCCAGAUUCGGCAUGCAGGCAAAGAGGAAGUGGUCAUACGCCUGCAGACCUCGACAUCAGACUUUGGGCGGGCUUUUCUGCCAUCAUCGGUCCCGGCCGAGCCAGAUUCGGAGGAUCAACAUCCCUUCUCGGCGGAGGUCCCACUCGACGCACCACUCUUCGUCGUCGUGCCCAAGAAUACGUUGAAUGGGUGCGCAGCAGUGCAGGAGAAGCGUCUCGACCCGAAGCCCAAGGGGCCUUUUGCGCUUUUCGUCGCCCGGGGCGGCUGCACGUUUGCAGACAAGGCGCGGAACGCUGUGCGCGCUGGCGCAUCCAUGUUGCUCCACGGAGCACGGCACACGCAGACAUGGCAUGGCAUGAUCUACUGCAUGAUGGCUUUGGAGAUAUGGAGAACAGGACAUGGAGGACAAAAUGGAGGGAUCUAUGGUAUGGUUGAGGCACGAGGAACGAGGCACUGA